AUGAGCUUCUUCGGCUUUGGACAGAGCGUGGAGGUGGAGAUCCUGCUUAGCGAUGCAGAGAGCAGGAAGCGGGCCGAACACAAGACAGAGGACGGCAAGAAGGAGAAGUAUUUUCUUUUCUAUGACGGGGAGACGGUGUCCGGGAAGGUGAGCCUCGUACUCAAGAAUCCCAACAAACGGCUGGAGCACCAGGGCAUCAAGAUUGAGUUCAUUGGGCAGAUCGAACUCUACUAUGACCGAGGGAACCACCAUGAGUUUGUGUCCUUGGUGAAGGACCUGGCCCGGCCAGGAGAGAUCACCCAAUCACAAGCCUUUGACUUUGAAUUCACCCACGUGGAGAAGCCGUAUGAAUCCUACACAGGGCAAAAUGUGAAGCUACGGUAUUUCCUUCGAGCCACCAUCAGCCGCCGCCUCAAUGAUGUAGUCAAGGAGAUGGACAUUGUCGUUCACACACUCAGCACAUAUCCGGAACUGAACUCCUCCAUCAAGAUGGAAGUUGGGAUUGAGGACUGCCUACACAUUGAAUUUGAAUACAAUAAAUCCAAAUACCACUUGAAAGAUGUCAUUGUGGGGAAGAUAUACUUCCUACUUGUGCGAAUCAAGAUCAAGCACAUGGAGAUUGACAUCAUCAAGCGGGAGACCACUGGGACGGGCCCCAAUGUUUACCAUGAGAAUGACACCAUCGCCAAGUAUGAGAUCAUGGAUGGGGCACCUGUGAGAGGCGAGUCCAUCCCAAUCCGGCUCUUCUUGGCAGGUUACGAGCUCACCCCCACCAUGCGGGACAUCAACAAAAAAUUCUCAGUGCGCUAUUACCUCAACUUGGUGCUGAUUGAUGAGGAAGAACGGCGCUACUUCAAACAGCAGGAAGUGGUGUUGUGGCGGAAGGGUGACAUUGUGCGGAAGAGCAUGUCUCACCAGGCAGCCAUCGCGUCACAACGCUUCGAGGGCACAGCCUCCCUGGGUGAAGUGCGGACCCCCAGCCAGCUGUGUGACAACAACAGCAGGCAGUGAGGCCCCAGGGCCAAGUGCAGCUGGGCCUCUACUCCAGCAUCCCCAUCUACCAAAUACCAGCGGGUAGAGGGUGGGGAAGGAGGGUGUGCUGCUCAGCUGAUGUGUUACUUGCAAUCGAAAAAAAUCAUGUUUUU